CGCUGUAUGUUUUCCUCUGCUGUGGGAAAUGUUUACAUAUUUAGAUCUAGAUCUAUUAUUUGUAAUGAAUAUUUUUAGAUGAAUAAAAUCAAAUAACUUAGAGACUUGGCUCUAUCAAGCAUUUAGAUUUCGAUUUAUAAUUUACUUUCAAGAAUGGAUUUUUCACCAGAAGAAGCAUAUCUUGAGUUCCUGAACUUCUGUUCUCAAGCUUUGAAAGGAGAAGAUCCGAAAUUUUUGGAAUUAAUCAAAAAAAGAUUUAGAGCUUGCAGUGAAGAAUUCCGUAACUCAGAAAAAAUGGUGAGGCUGUUAAAAGAAACACAAACUAAUAUGGAGAACGAAAUGUCAAGGAUGUUUGUGCAUUUAAAAGAUCUGCUGACAGAACUUAAGGCUAGUUCAUCUUCCAAAUAUUUUAAAACACAGAAGCUGUCUGAGCAUAAGAAGAGAUCAUUUUCCCCUGAUAGUGGAACUAAAGUUGACUGCAAUCCAAGGCCUCCUAAGAUAAUGAACUGCAGUGUUAUCCUCACUAAGGCUGAUGAUUCAGAUGGUUAUUCCUCACCAGUGGAUGUUUAUUUGGAUACAGCUAGAGACAACUCGUGUUCUAUCAGUGAUGGCAAUGUAAACAAUGCAAUGGAAAUUCACAUUGCUGAUAGUGAAACUGAUGCUCAUUCAGAUAUUUCAAGUGCAAAAAGGGAUAGCUGUGUUGAAGCAGGUAGAAGAAAAUUGUCAACAUUUUUUGUUGAUUGUUCAGGCUCACCGGAUAUUCAGGUGAUUCAAGCCUCAUCCAGACUCACUGAUGACAGCUCUUUCUCACAUAAACCAAAAAACUUGGAAGAGAAAUCUGAAGCUUUUUUACUUAAUGAAGCCUCAUCUACCAACUCCAUCUCAGCCAUAUCUCCUUGUGAAAAAGAUGAAUUAACAAACUUAAAUAGUAUUGAAGAAAACUCUGGUGUAAGCAAUGGCUUAGAAAAAGAUAGCUCAAAUAAUGAGUUUCCAGGUAAAGUAAGUGAUGCACACACAUGCCCAGAUACACUUGAUAGUACUGUGUUAAAAAUUCAGGAUGAAAAAUGUGUGAGUCAUUCUAAUAUACUGCACUCUGAACCUUUGAGUGAUGUAAAGCCAGAUGAAGAUUCUCAUAAUCCAAGAAAAGUGAAUCAGGACCAGGAACAUGUACUGCAGCCAGACCCAAAUCCUGGGCUAGAUAAAAUGUCACAACAGCCCAAUGGUGAGACUCAGGUACCACCCUCUGCUGUGACGGACAGUGUUAAGAGUGACAGCGUUAAGGAACCUAAGCGUGGUACACUUCUCCCUGUGGAGACUAGCAAGGCUACAGGGAGUGGGAGAUUCAGCGAACUGUUUCCCAGUAAAAAAAGAGAGAUGGGCUCUGUUAGCGAUGACAAACAAGGUCCUCCCAGGAUUAUGGCUAGUGAGGUGCCCUCAGAAGAUGAAUUCCAAGACUCCAAAGGUGACAAAGAAAAAGGCCUUCCAAAUCAAAGACAUGUUAGAAAGCUGGAGCAUUUACUUGAGUCACUUAGAAAUGAGAUAGAAAAAUGUCAGGCAAGGGAGAUGACUCUUGAUGAUCUAGAAGAUGAAACAUCCUCAUACAUCUAUGAAGAUAAAUUGAAGAAAAAGUUUGUGGCUGCGUGGAACAAAUUGUGUGAAAUUACUAGUAGAUCUGUCUCUACAGGCAGGCCCACUGAAAGAACUAUCAAAUUUAAUGGAACACGAUACAAAGAAAUCAAUCGCCGCCUGGAGAGAUUUCUGAACAGAAAGAAAGUCUUUCCUGAUUUCUACGAUGUAAAAAAUAUCAUAAAACUCACCAAUAAAAAGUACAAGAUGAAUAUGAGCGCUAUGAUGAUCAAUGACACAGCCAGAGAAGCUUUUGUUGACAUUGGUGAAAUGCUUCAGACGAGGCGCCAUCAAGACUUUAUUGCCACAUUUGGCAAUCGCCAUACUGAUUCAUUAAGGAGUGGUGUUGACCCAUAUCUGACUGACCAAGAGCUUAGAAGAAAAUUGGACAGCAACAGGAAAAUAGCUCGCUCCAAUUUGGACCAGGUGAUUGCCAAAUACACCAAAUUGCAAUAUGAGAGGGAAGAUGAAGAAGAUGAGGAUGAUAAAGAAGAUGAGGAUAGCAAUGAUGAGGCUGUGGAAGAAACUGUAAAUAAAGAUAAAUACAGGGAUUGUUCUGAGGGUGAGGAUGAUGAGGGCAAACUAAAAAGAAAGUUUCACAGAACUCAUUCUCCUGACAGCACUAGCAAAGUGGCUGUGGAAGAAGAAAAGCUUUCAAAAGAAAAGAAUGUUGUACCCCAAGAAUCAGGUGAGGUACCAGCAUCACUUGGUACCAGCAAGCCAAAGUACAACCCCUAUGACUUGAAGCUGGGGGAAAACCUGUACCUGGGAGACAGUGAACCCCCAGCUGUUGAUUCCUUUGUUAAAGCUCUGGGGCUGAGCCCUUUUGCAUCAAGCAUAAACCAGCAUGGAACUCUUGAAAAAGAUGUCAUUACUAUUGAGGAUAGUCCAGCAAAGUUAGAGGCCCACGACACUAGAAGAAGCUUACUGAAUUCUUUUAAUAAAGAACUGGGUUCCAUUCCUACCUUGGAUGUUAAAAAACUUUGUGAAGAGGAGGAGAAAAAGUUAGCGCUGUUGAGAAGUAAGCCCAACUUGAAGUUUACGGCGCGCAAAGUGCUGCCUCUCCCUGCUGUUAAACCCAAGGCUGAGAGGAUUCAUGAUGAUGACGACCUGACCACAGGGCAGGAUGAUGACGACGUGUCCAUAAUAAGUUAUGAGGAGAUUGCCAAGGAAAAUGCUGAAGACACAGACGACCAGUCGAGUGAUUCCAGCCAUGAAGACGAUGAUGAAGAUGAUGAGGACAUCAUGGUGAUAGAGAGCAGUGUUUCGGAGAGUGACUCCGAAGGCUCAAACCUGCCCUCCCCUGUAAGCGUCAUCUCAUUAGGAAGUAGCUUUGAUGACUCUGACAGAGAGUCAGAUGCCGAUCGCCCGGUCUCCAAGUUUAACAUUAAGACUUCUCCUAAAAGCCCAAAACAGGCUCAAUGGCCAGACCACAACCCCAGUGGACUAGAUGUGCUGACCCCCACCCACUUCAAAGGGCAUCCUCAAUUUUCUGACCACACCGCUUCAUCCAUCUCCAGGGUCUUGGAUCUGGCGAGUGCUAGCAAAUCUAAAGUCAAACCUCAAACAGUACACAAGUCUAAAGAUAUUAGGAAAAGCACUGAAUUUUUGGACUUGGCAGUGCAUGAAAAGUCAGCUGGAAGAAACCCUUCAAAGACUGUUAGUGUUAGUGAUGGUCCCAAAAAAUCUGUUCGGAGUUCCAGUACAGAUGCAGAUUGUAUUGUGGUCUCCGCACCAGAUGCACCUUGUUUAACACCUGACCAUACCAAAGACAAUGCCACACGCAGUUCCAGCACAGAUGCUGACUGUAUUGUGGUCUCCGCACCAGAUGCACCUUGUUUAACACCUGACCAUACCAAAGACAAUGCCACACGCAGUUCCAGCACAGAUGCUGACUGUAUUGUGGUCUCCGCACCAGAUGCACCUUGUUUAACACCUGACCAUGCCAAAGACAAGGCCACAGCUGUGGAACAUGAACAGUCUACUUCACUUUCUUGUAACUCUUCUGAGAAAAUUGAAAACCCAUCUGUGAAAGGAAAAUCCAUCAGUACAUCCCCUAGUAAACAAUAUCCUAAAGCCAUGAUACCACAUGCGGAUAAACUUGUCCAUGAGCAGCAUGCUGAAAGUUGCAAAGUGGAUCUUCAGGGUCAUGUUUCUGGGAAAAGUCCAGAGCAAAAAAUGGUCUCAACCCCCAAGCUGACCAUAGCAAAUGAUGACUCAGUUAUAGAGAUAGAUGACGUGCUAGAGGAAACCAGGCCAGCAAGCAUCAAAGCCCCACCCACACCCGCUGCUAAAUCUGGCAAGGACACUGAUGAUUGUGUCAUUGUUAUUGAUGAAGGCAGCCAGGAUGUGCCAUCUGCUAGUCUUGCUCAUCCAGCGCGUAAUGGGUUUUUUAAAAGUGUGGCUCACCAGCCUGAAGAGAGAAACCAGGGGAAGAAAGCCAGCAGAUCCAGUGAGAAAGUUGCGCUGGAUAACUUGGCCAGCAGAUCCAGUGUGGCUGUCAGAGAGAAAGCGGUGCUGGAUAACUUAGCCAGUGCUGAUGCACAGCAUGAAGGGGAGGACAUGUUGAGUGAGGAUAUUAUUGAAAUAGACUGUGCUGAGGCUGAUGAUUUGAUGCAGCUUGACAUAAUAAACAGUGUGAAAGAUGCUGUGGCUCAGGAGAAUGCUGGUCUGUGUUGUAAGCUCAGCUCAGUGGUGGGGGCAGGCGCUAAUGGUAGUGCCAGCUACAGGGAUGGCCAGGCUCAGAAUGGAAGUGCCAGCUAUAGGGGCGGCCAGGCUCAGACAAGCAGGGAGGAUGAAGACAGAGGUGGAAGUCUGAAUCCACCAAAGGACAGAAUGAAGGCAUCUGAGAGGGUUCAACAUAAUGUGUUUGUUGAUUCUCCAAAAACACCAGACCUGUUUGACGACAGCCCUCCCCUGGCUGUUGUAAGCUGUACUGACGCAACUAGUGUUGAAACAAAUGUUGAAAGUAUUUGUGUUGAUUCACCUGAAGCUGAAAAGGAAACUGUUGAAAGUUGUAAUGACACACUGAACGCUGAAGAAAAGAAGGCAGUUGAAAGCUGUACUAACACAUCAAAUGUUGAAAUGGCAGUUGUUGAAAAUUGUACCAAUGUUGAAAAAGAGGUUGAAAUCUAUAACGUUGACUCACCUGAUGUUGAAAAAAAGGUGGAUGAAGUGGAAACCUGUAAGGUUGAUUUUCCUGAGGAAGCUGGAAUAAAACCUGUGUGUGCAGGGGAGGUAACUGCUGGGUGUAACACAGUUAUUGCCCUUGAACAGUUAACAGAAAGAUCAUCUGCUAAGGAGAUUGAAGAAUCUGACAGCCACACUGGCAACCCUGUCAUCAAAACAACCCAAGUCAAAGCUCCAUCAGUGCCAGUUAUUGAGAUAGAAGAAUCCCUGGACGGAUUACUUGAUGAGCCAUCUGAUAAAAGCCCAGUAGAUGAGCCAACUAACAAGAGCCUAGUUGAUGAGCCAACUAACAAGAGCCCAGUUGAUGAGCCAACUAACAAGGGCCCACUUAAUGAGCCAACUAACAAGAACCCACUUGAUGAGCCAACUAACAAGAGCCCAGUUGAUGAGCCAACUAACAAGGGCCCACUUAAUGAGCCAACUAACAAGAGCCCGCUUGAUAAGGCAACUAACAAGAGCUCACUUGAUGAGCCAACUAACAAGAGCCCACUUGAUGAGCCAACUAACACAAGCCUAGUUGAUGAGCCAACUAAAGAUAGCCCUCUUGAUGAGCCAACUAACAAGAGCCCACUUGAUGAGCCAACUAACAUGAGCCCACUUGAUGAGCCAACUAACAAGAGCCCACUUGAUGAACCAACUAACAAGAGCCCACUUGAUGAGCCAACUAACAUAAGCCCAGUUGAUGAGCCAACUAACAAGAGCCCAGUUGAUGAGCCAACUAACAAGAACCCACUUGAUGAGCCAACUGAUGAGAAUGAGACAACUAAUGAGAGCCCAGUUAAUGAGCCAACUAAUGAGAGUCCAGUUAAUGAGCCAAUUAAUGAGAAUGAGCCAACUAAUAAGAGCCCAGUUGAUGAGCCAACUAAUGAGAAUGAGCCAGCUAAUGAGAAUGAGCCAACUAAUGAGAAUGAGCCAGCUAAUGAGAAUGAGCCAACUAAUGAGAAUGAGCCAACUAAUGAGAGCCCAGCUGAUGAAGUGGAAUCUUUCCCCUCCUUAUUCUCUUUGGUUGAGGACAGUGCAAACAGUCACCUGAACGCCCAGUCUGAGAAAGACAUAGCCUGUACUGAAGAAACCCAACUUAGUCGUACCGUGCUGGAGGUGGAUACCAGUUCUCCAAUAGAUGACAACAGAGGAAAAGAAAGACAGGUCCAACCUUCUAGUGAACUCAAGCCAGCAUCACCGUGUGUUGCCUCUGAUGUUGGAAGUCAAGCACCUUCUGGCACUGGUCACAGCCCUGCUGAGUCCAAGAGUUCCAGGCAGGUGGAGGAAGUUAGUGUGGAGGAUAUCUUUAAAUCUAUCAGCCAGAUCUGUGAACAAAUACUUCAGAACGGGGACUCUGUUGCAGACCAAGUUUCCCCAGACACACCCCCAGCUUCUGUCAGUCCAACAGACACACCCCCUGUAGAUGACAGUCCAACAGCCACACCCCCUGUUGGUGGCAGUCCAACAGACACACCCCCUGUAGGUGACAGUCCAACAGCCACACCCCCUGUUGAUGACAGUCCAAUAGGAUCAAGGCAAGAAGACACAGCAUUACAGACAACACCAGCAGAUGUUGAGCAGGCAGCAAGUCCAGAGAUAGAAUCAGCUGUAACUGGUCUAAGCAAGGAGGGAGAGGUUGUCAGGGGGAGCAGUCAGUCACCAGGCAGAGAUGUGAAUAAGGACACAGAGAACGUUGUCAACACUGAGGAUAGUGUUUCUCUACAUUCCAAAGACAAGGAAAUAAAUAAAGAAAGUAAUAAAGUAGAUGAGAGUGAUGAAGAUGAAGUAGAAAUAGUGGAAGAAUUAUGUUCCGCCAGGGGUACCAGAUUAAGUGUGAAAACUAAAGAAGAUGACAGAAAAUUAGUGGACAAUUUUCUCAAAGAUCCCGCCAUGCUUGGGGCCAUUAAAACUGCCAACACCUCCCCUAAAGUGCUUAAAGAAGACGACACAGUGAAGAGCAACUUGGAUGUAAACAAUGAUGAAGCCAAGACCCCUGAAGACUUGGCUCCCCUGGACAUGGAAUGUGAGACUGUAGAAAAAACCACCUCUCCAGCUAACUCAUUGCCUUCUAGUCCUGGUUCCCAUUCUGUCAAGUAUGGACAAGUUUCCAAGCGAAAUCACAAAGACAUUGAGAGUGAUGUGGAGGAGACAGACGCACCAGUUGAAUCAAACAAUGCUGAUGACGAGAGCCCUGAGCUUGAGAUAAUAAACACAGAAGCGGCAGAACCUCUCCCUAAACGUCAGAAGCUGGAUGGUCACGGUCUCGCUGUAGCACAGCUCAGCCCAUCACCACCUAACUCUCUUCACUCUGGUAAAGGUGUUAAACGACACCGCGAAACUUCUGCCAGUGGGACCUCUGAAAACAAGAAGGUCAACGAGUUGAAAAAAACUGAAGUUGAACUAAAGGAACCUUCUGCCAAAAGGCUGAAGGAACUGGUUACUGAUGAUUUCAUCAAGGACCUGAUCAGCUCAGUUUACAAAGAGAUCCCAGCAGGUGGGAAGCUGCCAGCCAAGCCAUCAGCUGCUGAAGAUGAUGACGUGUUGGUGGUGGCUGAAAACUUGAAACCCUCAACCUCAGGAGCGGCAUUACGCAUGGGCCCAUCCAACAGGGCUCUGGCCAACAGAGGCCCAUCAGGCCUCCUGUCCCCCACACAAGGUUUAAAGUUUAAACCAAUGGUCACCUCUACCCCCAUAAGUAACCGAGGUAAUAACUCCAACAUAUUGAGGUUUAAAAACAGUACAUCUGUGAUGCGUCCCUUCAGGUCAACACAAGGCGGGUUUGUCAAUAAUUCUUCUCGCUUGAAUAACUUCCCUGGCAGCAUCAAGCCUGCAACUUCCAGCUUUUCUCCGUUUGCUCCAAGUUCUUUGGGUUCACGGCCCAGACACCAACCCUCAGCCCCAUCAUCUCACACAAUUCCCAGCCUCAACCCCAGGGUGCCCAUACCCAAGAUCAACUCGAAUACAGAGAGCUUGUCCUACAGGCAGAAGAACUUUGAUAGACGGGGCCAGGUGUUCCAUGCUCAAUCAAGUAGGCAGAGUCCCGCUUCACACGUCAUCCCACCUUACACUCAACAAAGGCAGGGGCCGUCAUCUUACAGAAACUCUGCUCGGCCUGGCCCGCAACCCCCACCCUACAGACCUAGAGGUGGUACAACAGUCCCCUCUUCCAGAACUCCAGUUAAAAAUCUGGAUGGCACUGAAAUAAUUCUGGAUGAUUCUGAUGGUGAGGAUGAGGGGGGUUCCAGGACAAAACAAAGCACAACGCCAGUCAGACAUGGCAGCAAGAAUCAAAGUGAGAAGUUUCCCUCCCCUCGGAUACUUUCUGUGACCAGUCUAAGUCCGGCCUCAUCAAAACACAGUGACAGACCUGACACUAGAGUUGUCAGUAAACAUAGUGACAGACCUGACGCUAGAGUUGUCAGUAAACACAAUGACAGACCUGACGCUAGAGUUGUCAGUAAACACAAUGACAGACCUGACGCUAGAGUUGUCAGUAAACACAAUGACAGACCUGAUGCUAGAGUUGUCAGUAAACACAGUGACAGACCUGACGCUAGAGUUGUCAGUAAGAAGAAAAGUGGAGAUGUCAUUGUGCUUUCCGACUCGGACUAGUCCAGGUGUCUUCACCUUAUUUAUUGAUGGAUAAAACAACCAGUGGCAUGUGACUGUGUCCACUGUUAGCUGAAACAAAACACUUAAUUCCUGAUUUUCUCUACUGGCAGAUUAACUCAAGAUGUGCCUAUUAAAUUUUUAAAAAAUCAUUCAAGUUAUUAACAAUACCUAAACCUGAUUUUUCUUGAAAGAGUUUAUUGUUAAUCUUUUGCUCAUUUCUGCGACACAGGUUCUUUUUUCAGCGAGAUAUUGAAUAUUUAUUUUAUAAAAUCUAGAUAUAUACACACACAGUGUUUAAUAUUUGUUUGGUACAUGUUAUAUUGUAAAUUAGUUUGUACAGAUUCCCUAUACCAUGUGACAGAUCUUUAGCUCAUUUUGUGGUCCAUGUUGUGUAUGAUAGAAAGCUUGUGAUCCAUGAUGUAAGUAAGAUGACACACAUGUACAUAUCCCCUAGUUGUAAGUGACAGUCCAGAUGCUUGGAUGCCAGUGUUGAAUGGGGCCAGACAAAUUUUGGCUCACUACUUUUUUAAAUGACUGACAGAACAUUCAUUUUGUAGUGUACUUGUGAGGUUGAAAUGUGACAAAAGUUGUAAGAUGUGACAAAAGUUGUACGGUCGAGAUGUGACAAAAGUUGUACGGUUGAGAUGUGACAAAAGUUGUAAGGCUGAGUUCUGACAAAAGUUGUAAGAUGUGACAAAAGUUGUACGGUUGAGAUGUGACAAAAGUUGUAAGGUUGAGAUGUGACAAAAGUUGUAAGGUUGAUUUGUGACAAACGUUGUAAGGUUGAGUUGUGACAAAAGUUGUAAGGUUGAUAUGUGACAUAAGUUGUAAGGUUGAGAUGUGACAAAAGUUGUAAGGUUGUGAUGUGACAAAAGUAAGGUUGAGUUGUGACAAAAGUUGUAAGGUUGAGAUGUGACAAAAGUUGUAAGGUUGAGAUGUGACAAAAGUAAGGUUGAGUUGUGACAAAAGUUGUAAGGUUGAGAUGUGACAAAAGUUGUAAGGUUGAGAUGUGACAAAAGUUGUAAGGUUGAGAUGUGACAAAAGUAAGGUUGAGUUGUGACAAAAGUUGUAAGGUUGAGAUGUGACAAAAGUUGUAAGGUUGAGAUGUGACAAAAGUUGUAAGGUUGUGAUGUGAAAAAAGUUGUACAGUUGAGUUGUGACAAAAGUAAGGUUGAGUUGUGACAAAAGUUGUAAGUUUGAGUUGUGACAAAAGUUGUAAGGUUGAGAUGUGACAAAAGUAAGGUUGAGUUGUGACAAAAGUUGUAAGGUUGAGUUGUGACAAAAGUUGUAAGUUUGAGUUGUGACAAAAGUUGUAAGGUUGAGAUGUGACAAAAGUAAGGCUGAGUUGUGACAAAAGUUGUAAGGUUGAGAUGUGACAAAAGUAAGGUUGAGUUGUGACAAAAGUUGUAAGUUUGAGUUGUGACAAAAGUUGUAAGGUUGAGAUGUGACAAAAGUUGUAAGGUUGAGAUGUGACAAAUGUUGUAAGGUUGAGAUGUGACAAAAGUUGUAAGUUUGAGUUGUCAUGUGUUUAGACUGAACCAUGUUCCCAUAUAACUUGUCCUCAAGGAAGUGAGUAAAAUAGAAACCUAUGUGUCAGCAUAGACAAAAGACAUCAAAAUAGAUCAAAUGGAGAUUUUAGCCACAUUUUAAAAUGUCCUUAAUUUUAUCUUUAUUUUUGGCUGUGACAGUUAUAGAGAUUAGUUUACAGCAUUAUUUUAAUACAAUCAUUACAAAUAUUUUUUAAAUGGCCUUACAGACAAUGAUUAUGAAAUACAUGUACCAAUUCCUGUUUAUUAAUUGCCAAUGGUUAUAAUGCUAGUCUAAAAAUUUCUCUUUGAAAUCCUACACAAAUGAUGUUGGGCACGCUCCAGCCAGUUGGCAUGAUCUGGUUGAAGAUCUUUAUUUUAUGUGGUUGAUUAACCGAACAUACCCUGGUUAAAGAUCUUUAAUUCCAGAGGUUUCUUAAUUGACCAAAAUUUAAUUGAUUAUGUACAAUCCAAACAUACAAUGUUUUAAAUUUAGUUGUUGAAAAGAGUAUUCAGUGUAGCCACUUCUUCACUGUAAUGUAGCAGAGAUCAAAAUUUUGAAACCGAAUUAAAAAAUUAAUGAGUUUGAGUGUACAUGAGUAUUUCAGCUGCUUUAUUACCAUACAGGUCUCAGGAAACGUUAAUUAUUGACGAUGCUUUAAAUUAAAUUUGAGUAUAACUCUUCCCACAACAAAGAUGUUAUUGUUGGUCAUAUGUAAUAUUUUUGUUAAAUUUGGGAGGCGGAGUUAUCCCUCUUGUUUUCUUUUGAUUUCAAAUUUCCUGCUGUGUAAUCUUUUUAACAAAUUUCUGGAUUUUUCUGUUUUGUUUAUCAAAUUUAAACUUUGCUCAUUUUUUAUUUGUAUGUGACAGGACUGGUAUAUUAUUCUUCUUUCUGUUAGUUACUGCUGUUGUCUGUCAGACAUGAAUUGGUUUUUACUGAUUUUUGUCAAUGUAAAGUGAAAUAUUA